GAGAACACUGGUCUGUCUUUAGAUAAACAGUUUGUCAAGCCUCUUUUGGCAACCCAUCUUCUUUGCUUUCUUUUUUGACUUCUCUUUAUCAAAUCGACGUGGAAACACUACAUUCGGGUGCAGUAACAGGCAAAGUCCUGUAAUCGACGAGACGCCUCUGCGCUUCGGGAACGCAGCCCACGGCCGAUACGCGAGGAGACUAAGUGUGACCUCCUGGGCACCCGUAGCUCGGAUUCUCAGGAUCAGGCACCGGAAGUGCCCCCCCUGCGCGGCCUCCUCUCCCGGAAUAGAAACUGCCGCUGCUCCCCCUCGGCAGUCCGUAAGGCACUGGAAGUCUGCGAGCAUGGAGGCGGCGCGCCCUCCCUCGACGACAGGGAAGUUCGUGGUGGUCGGCGGUGGCAUCGCGGGUGUCACCUGUGCGGAGCAGUUGGCAGUUCACUUUCCAUCAGAAGAUAUUCUCCUGGUGACAGCUUCUCCUGUUAUUAAAGCGGUUACAAAUUUCAAGCAGGUUUCUAAAGUAUUGGAAGAAUUCGAUGUUGAAGAACAACCAAGUACCAUGUUAGAAAAUCGCUUUCCCAACAUUAAGGUUAUAGAAUCUGGAGUAAAGCAACUGAAGAGUGAAGAACAUUGCAUUUUAACGGAAGAUGGCAGUCAGCAUGUGUAUAAGAAACUCUGUCUGUGUGCUGGAGCUAAACCAAAGUUGAUAUGUGAAGGAAAUCCUUAUGUAUUAGGAAUCCGAGACACAGACAGUGCUCAGGAAUUUCAGAAACAGCUUACCAAGGCUAAAAGAAUAAUGAUCAUAGGGAAUGGUGGUAUCGCACUUGAAUUAGUGUAUGAAAUUGAAGGCUGCGAAGUAAUUUGGGUCAUUAAAGAUAAAGCUAUUGGGAACACUUUCUUCGAUGCAGGAGCAGCCGAAUUCUUGACUUCAAAGCUCAUUGCUGAAAAGCCGGAGGCUAAAAUUGCACAGAAAAGAACCAGAUAUACAACUGAAGGAAAGAAAAAGGAAGCACGAACCAAAGCUGAUGCUGCUCAUGUCGGCAGUGCCCUGGGACCUGACUGGCAUGAGGGCUUGAAUCUUAAAGGAACAAAAGAGUUUUCUCAUAAGAUUCACAUUGAAACUAUGUGUGAAGUAAAGAAAAUCUACCUUCAGGAAGAAUUGAGAAUUUCUAAGAAAAAGUCCUUGACUUUUCCAAGAGACCAUAAUACUCAGUCAGUUUCAACUGAUAAAGAGAUAUGGCCUGUAUAUGUGGAAUUGACCAAUGGAAAGAUAUAUGGCUGCGAUUUCAUUGUCAGUGCUACAGGAGUUACACCAAAUACAGAACCUUUCCUCUGUGGCAACAAUUUUGAUCUAGGAGAAGAUGGUGGCCUGAAAGUGAAUGAUCAUAUGGCCACGUCCCUUCCUGACAUCUAUGCUGCAGGUGACAUCUGCACUGCCUCCUGGGAACCCAGCCCCGUGUGGCAGCAGAUGAGGCUGUGGACCCAGGCUAGACAGAUGGGAUGGUAUGCAGCCAAGUGCAUGGUGGCAGCUAGUUUAGGAGACUCCAUUGACAUGGAUUUCAGCUUCGAACUUUUUGCUCAUGUAACAAAAUUUUUUAACUAUAAGGUUGUAUUGUUGGGAAAAUACAAUGCACAGGGCUUAGGUUCAGAUCACGAAUUAAUGCUGAGAUGUACCAGAGGACAAGAAUACGUCAAAGUCGUCAUGCAAAAUGGGCGAAUGAUGGGAGCUGUCCUAAUUGGUGAAACUGACUUAGAAGAAACAUUUGAAAACUUGAUUUUAAACCAGAUGAAUCUUUCAUCAUAUGGAGAAGAUCUACUGGAUCCAGAUAUUGAUAUAGAAGAUUAUUUUGACUAAAAAGAACAUUUCAAGAACCACAUCAAGUUCCAAAUAAGACAAAAUGUCACAUGUCAAUAAAGUAAAUGACUGUACUGAUUUAAUGAUGACCACAUUGAAGUUAAAAAUACAGAAGUGAUAAUGAUUUCAGGGGGAAAAUAUUAAAAAAUAACAAUUUCUAAAGAUAAAAUCAAUUCAAAUUAACUUAUUUACAGAUUUUUUCUAACACAAAAUUGACCACUUAUGUAAGAAUUCUCAAGUUAUUCAUUUCUGUGUUUAAUAGUUUUAGACACGUUCAUUUGUGACUUAGCUUUGGAGCAGAUUUAGCUAGGUUGUUAUCUACUUAGCCAACAACUUGGUCUUGGUUAGUAGACGAGAGCCAGUCUUUAAUUGUGAAAUGUCAAAAUAGGGCUGUGGUUUCAGGAAGCUUAUAAUUUUAUUUUACUUAGAGAUGUAGCAGUAUCUUACUUGCUAAUAUUAUUUGUAUUGAUACUUUAUUCCCUUUUUGUCUGGAUUCUAUAGCUGUUAUAUCCUGAAAUCACUCACUUUCUGUGAUGAGCCUGUGUAAAUUUUUCAGUAUAAUAACACUGCUAUCAAAAGAUAGUUAGGUGGGGCUCGGUCCCGUGGCUUAGUGGUUAAGUGCGCAGGCUGCACUGCUGGAGGCCUGGGUUCGGAUUCCGGGCACGCACCGACUCACUGCUUGUCGGGCCAUGCUGAGGCGGCACCCCACAUACAGCAACUAGCAGGAUGUGCAACUACAACAUACAACUAUCUACU